UCUGCACACUCGCCGACCCGCUUACUCGCCCUGGCUCCUGCUGAGGAGCCCCGGAAGUGAUACCCCGGGGAGGAGUUAAAGGGCCACCGGGGUUACGUAUCUUGGCUGUGCUGGUGCGAGGAUUGCAGGCAUGGAAGUCACCCGGAGCAAUUUUAAGGACCAUUUACCAAAAGUUUAUCAAGCAAUUGAAGACGCAGACUUCUUGGCCAUUGACGGAGAAUUUUCAGGAAUUAGUGAUGGCCCAUCUGUUAGCACUUUAACAAAUGGCUUUGAUACACCAGAAGAAAGGUAUCAGAAAUUGAAAAAGCACUCUAUGGACUUUUUACUGUUUCAGUUUGGCCUGUGCACUUUUAAAUAUGAACAUACAGAAGCCAGGUAUAUGACGAAAUCCUUUAAUUUUUAUAUUUUUCCAAAGCCAUUUAACAGAAAUUCACAGGACAAGAAGUUUGUUUGUCAGAGCUCAAGUAUAGACUUCCUGGCUAAUCAGGGAUUUGAUUUUAAUAAAGUUUUUCGGAACGGAAUUCCAUAUUUGAAUCAAGAGGAGGAAAGACAUCUUAGAGAUCAGUAUGAAGAGAAGCGCUACCAGUCAAAUGGCUCAAGUGCAACAACCUACAUCUCCCCAAAUGCUCCCAAGACUCCGUCCUCCAUUCCUGAUGAACAGAAGGCAUUUAUUGAGAAAAUAGUUGAAAAUGUAGAAGCAUUUUUGGGAGAUGAAGCGCAGAAGAGUCUAGAACUGGAACCUUGUACUGGGUUUCAGAGAAAGCUUAUCUAUCAGACAUUAAACUGGAAGUAUCCACGAGGCACUCAUGUUGAAACGCUUGAGUCUGAGAAGAAGGAAAGGUACAUUGUGAUCAGUAAAGUUGAUGAAGAGGAACGGAGGCAGAAAGAGCAGCAGAGGCAAGCAAAGGAGCAGGAAGAACUUAAUGACGCUGUUGGCUUUUCACGAAUUAUCCAUGCAAUUUCCACCUCUGGUAAACUUGUGGUUGGGCACAACAUGUUAUUGGAUGUCAUGCACACCAUACACCAGUUCUUCUGUCAGUUACCUGAUGAAUUAAAUGAGUUUAAAGAAGUAACAACCUGUGUAUUCCCAAGAGUGCUGGAUACAAAGCUUAUGGCAACAACGCAACCCUUUAAGGAAAUUAUUUAUAACACAUCCCUUGCUGAACUGGAAAAGAGAUUAAAAGAGGCUCCUUUCAAACCUCCUAAAGACGAAAGCGCUGAAGGCUUCCCAAGCUACAAUACUGCCUCAGAACAGCUGCAUGAAGCAGGGUAUGACGCCUACAUUACAGGGCUGUGUUUCAUUUCCAUGGCAAACUAUCUAGGUUCGUUUUUGAGCCCACCCAAAGAUCAUAUAUCUGCCCGAUCAAAGAUCAUCCGUCCAUUCUUUAACAAGCUGUUUUUGAUGAGAAUUAGGGACAUCCCAUACCUCAAUCUCGAAGGUGCAGACUUGCUGCCUAAACGAGACAAUGUUCUCCAUGUCGCGUUUCCUAAAGCAUGGAAAACCAGUGAUCUUUAUCAACUCUUCAGUGCCUUUGGUAAUAUUCAGGUGACCUGGAUAGAUGAUACAUCAGCAUUUGUGUCCCUUAGCCAGCCAGAGCAAGUACAAAUAGCGGUUAACACCAGCAGAUAUGCAGAGAGUUACCGUAUCCAAACUUAUGCCGAAUAUGUUGAGAGAAAGAACGUAGAAUGCCAAACCAAAAGGAAAUGGUCUGAAGAUGGGUGGAAGGAUUUAGAGAGGAAGAGGUUAAAGACACAAUACAACUCCUACAUUCCACAGAGCCCAAGAGAUUUUUAUGCAAACAGUUUUGCACAAAGCUAUGUUGUGAAGAGAAGUAUGAGCCCCAUACAAGAAGAAACUAUGUCUGAUGAUAUUGAAGAAGCCCAAGGUCAGACAGCAGAAGACCCAUCACCUCCAGGAGCUUCUGAUCCAAAAAAGAAAACAAAAAGUCAUAAGCGUCAGAAAACAGACACUGAUCCAGCAGAAUGCAGUAAAAGCGAUUCCUCUCCCCUCUUUGAAGUUCCAGACACUUGGUAGCAGUGAUCACACCAGUGAUUGAAGAUUUGGAAGCCAUAUAUUUUAUUUCUCAUUCUCCAUUUGAUAUGAACCUGUUCCUAUUCAGAUUUUGCUUUACAUUAAAUCCUGGUGAUUAUUGCAACAUCUUCAUUAAGAGAAGCACAACUAUGCUGGCCUAGAGCAAAAGGGACUGUGCAAAAUGUAGUUUAUCAUCAUAGUCCUGUUUGUUUUGUUUUUUUAUAUAUGUAUUGAACAUCUAAAUAUAAAAGUGGAGUUUAAUGUUGGUGUAAUCUGCCUGAAAGUGGUUUCAAUUAUUUAUUGCAAAAUCUCACCACUGAGAUGUAUGGAAUAUAAUCUAUUAGAAAUUUAUUUUAUGUCGAUGCUCUCACUGUUUGCUGCAAGAAGAACAAUAUUCUAGAAUCUUAAUAUUUAAAACUGUAUUGGACAAAUCUCACAAUAAUAAAUCAGAAAUUUAUUAUUUAUAUCAAGCAUCGAAGAACAAUGUUCUUCCUCUUGCUCCAAAUGCGGAAUUAUGUCAGUCAAUAGGACUUUGUUGUGUCGUGUAAAUUUCUUUCAACAUCUGUGUAAAUCUUACUCUUUAUUCUAGCCAACAACCUUAUUAAUAACCAUUUAGAGUACGUUUCAUCUGUAAAUUGUUUUUUUUUUCUAAUUAGAAACCAUAAAGCAAAUAAAAAAAAUUUUUUAAUAUCUACUUAAACCUAAAGAUGUGAAAUGCAUUUUCCAUGUAAUCUGUAGUCCUUUUGUCAUAGGAUUUGACCUAUGCAAAUUGGUGCUUUAAAUAUUACUGUGCUACUGUAUAUGAAAACCAAGCAUCUCUAAUCCAUAACAUGGAAGAAGUGGGUAUAUACAUUGAAAUGGAUAGGAAUUGAUUAUUUUAAUAACUAUGGCAGCAUACAGUAGGUCACAUAACACAGUAACUUCACAAGCCCAGUUGUAUGAAUGACCUGCAUAGUCAAAUGCAUAGUCAAAUGUCUUAGCUCGCUCAGGUUAUAGAUGCUAGGUUUUGGCCUUUAUGUCAAAGAAAAACAAAAUCCCUAAAGGGAUGUUUUUAUAUGGCAUUUUAGAGCUCGAUAAUACAGACCUAUAUAGUCCAUAUACAGUCUAUACAUUAUUAAUGCCCUGGAAAAUAUUUUAGCUGUAACUGUUUUGUGUUUUAUUUUGGUCUUACUUAAGUAUUUGUUUACAGUUUAGUAAUUUUUUUUUUUUUUUCUACUUGAAACUCAAAUGAGGUUUUUUUGGUCACUGGAUAUCACAUUGGUUUUACACAUGGAUCCCCCUUUUCCAACUAUUAAUCUAUGUAUUUAAUAAAAUCACUCAUGAUUACUGUAAGUAGGCAGUAAAUACCUGUGCCAUGUGGUAAGCCUCACUUAAAGUCAACAGUUGUGGCCUCAUCACUUGUUAACAUGCCUUGUAAAACAUUUUCCACUAAACCGAAUAUAAAUUUUGGUGUUUAUUUUAAGUGUUCUGAUUUUUAGUAUUCAAUCUUUCGGGUCACUUAAUUUUUUUUGGAGUGCAUGUGAGCUACAGGGCUUAUGAAGAAAAUAUCUAACUUUAUACACCUUUUUCUUUUUCUUUUUUAUAGAUUUUUUUUGUCAAGUUGUCUAUCAACGUGUCUAAAAAAAAAAAAUGAAUAUAUAUAUGUAUACAAAAAAUGAAGUUACAACUGGCACCAGCCAAAUAGAUCUACAAUGGUAGAUUUAUUUAAAAAUAAAUAAAACAAAAAAUACUUUUUGUAUCAUGGAAAUAGAAAAGACUCCUGGUGUAUUUCCAUAAACUAAAAUUAAAGAAAUUUUUUUCGUAGUAA